AUGCAACCCAACGACAGAGAAGAGAAUCGAGACCGAGAGCUGGUCCUCAGACACCAUCACACUUCUUCAGAGUCCCGGAGUCUGAUCCCAAUGUGGGACAGUGCAGACCCGAAAAGAGCUCCUCCUCCUCUACCUCUCAACCCAGGUGGCCCUAACAGUCCGGUAACUCGACCCAAUGCGUCUGCCACGGUACAAGCUGCGGCUGCUGCACUCGCAGAAAAAAGCCAGGAAACCACCCCAAGUUCAUAUACGGUCAAUCCUAUGCCAUUGAAGCCACCAUCCCCUGAAAAGUCCUUGAUAAAGGGUCAAUAUCAUAAGCGGAUGCAGUCAUUGCAGAACGCGACAAACAGCAACGAGUUUGCGGCUUACCUUGAGCGUCGCUCUUCCCCUGACAAAUACAGACGCAAUAGUGUAUUUGAUCGAGAUGACAGGAGCAACGACACCACUCCUACUCGAGGAGGCGCAUCUGAUACCCCUACUCCAAACCAUGAAUCACCAACACAGGCACGAAUUUUAAAUAGGUACCUUACCAAGCCUAUUCUCGGAGAAAAUACGCCUCCGUCGGCUACGAUGUUGGCAUUGCGGGAUAUGCAGAUUCCAAUGGAUUUGGCCAUGCCCGCCGAGGCAACCCCAAGCAAACCCGAGAAAACUACAAGGAUGCCGGAAAGUUUUGAUGCUCUAUCAGCUCAAAUUAUCAGCCUGACCAAGAUUGCUACGUCCCUACAGCAAGAAAUGAGCCAGCUAAGUCGCCGAAGGAUGAAGAUAUCCGCAAAAGUCUCAAAGAUUUACUGCCAACCUUUCGUCCAAAAUCUUGAUCCAGAGCCUCACACGACUACGCCUAGAGGAACACCUUACAUACACCCAGCGACAGGAGGUUUUAUGCUUGGUGACAGUAAGCCACAUGAAUCAUCUCCAAGCUCACGCAAAAGUUUUUCGGGUGCUAGAAUGUCGAGCCCGGGUAGCUUUGCAGCAGCUUUGGAGAGAGACCUUGCAACCUCUCCCGGCCCUAUAUCCGACGGCUCUGCUAGCAUCGCGCUGUUAGAGAAGGUGUUGCGUGAAAUGGCUACAAAAGAAGGCCAGGAGAAACUCUUGACACUCAUGGAAGAUGUACAAGCCCGUCCAACCGAAAAGGACAAUGCCAUGACCACUAUGCUCUCGGAAAUUCUUAAUCUUGUGAAGGAGAACUCUGGAAGCCGUGCAUUAAUCCGUUCAAGAGGGGAUAUGGGCAACCAACUCUUUGGUGACAAGCCUCAAACCCCCGACUUUGGCCAGGGCACUCGAUCCGGUCCUAUGGGUCCGAACGCAUCUCCAACUCCUGUGCGCAGCAGCUCGGAUUCCAACAUCAAUUCGUCAUUACAACUAUCGAAUCCACUGGCAGACGACUUGAUGGCUAUGCUUAAGCGCGUUAAGCAGAGCGUUGCGGAAGGUGGUGGCUUAACCAGUGAAGUCAAAGCACUUGUCCGCGAACUUCGUGGUGAGGUAUUGGGCAUGGGUCGAGACAUCGCACGUAAACUGGAAGAAGCCCAAACAACCAGAUCAAUUGAAGACAAAGAGCCUUCAGGCCCUGGAAAGGAAGAAAUUGAACAGAUUGUCACUGGUGCCUUGGUCGAUCUGCGACAACAGAUGGACCAUAUUAUCGAGGAGAAUGCGCGAAACUCCGCAUCGACAGCUGUAGCACGCCCAAUUCCUGACAGCCAAGAGAUAUAUGCUGUUGUUAAGAGGGCUCUUCAUGAAAUACCUCUCCCCCAACCGCAACUUCCUCCUCCUCAAGAGCAUGAGCCUGGUAUCCAAAGAGACGAAAUUCUAGAGACUGUCAGAGAGGCUUGGGAGACAUACAAGCCGGAAAUCGAGCUUCAAAAUUUCGGACUUGAAAGGGAGGAGAUAUUGGAAUGCCUCUCCGAAGGACUAAAGGCCUACCAACCACAAAAUGAACCAAUUGACCCGGAUAUGGUCUAUCAACAGGUCCUUGAUGCCGUUCACACUGAGCUAAAGAGUUUCGAUCCUCCUCGAAUUGAGCCUGACAUUUCGAGCAUUCGUGAUGCUGUUGUUAAUGCAGUUCAGGAAUGUCUGAAAGACAUUGAAUGGCCAGCUCCACAGAUAAUUGAGAGGGAGGACUCCCUUAAACGAGAGGACAUCCUGAGUGCGGUGCAGGAGGGACUUACGUUCCAGGAGACAUUGAAGCGUGAUGAUGUCUUGAGCGCAGUGCACGAAGGCCUUGCAUUCCAAGAACCACUCAAACGGGAUGAUGUCUUUGCCGCUGUACAGGACGGCCUAUCCCAUCAGGAAACUCUCAAGCGAGACGAUAUCUUGAGCGCAGUGCACGAAGGCCUUGCAUUCCAAGAACCGCUCAAACGGGAUGAUGUCUUUGCCGCUGUACAAGAAGGCCUAUCCCACCAGGAAACUCUUAAGCGGGACGAUGUCAUUAAUGCAGUGCAAGAAGGGUUCGCUUUCCAGGAGCCACUCAAGAAGGACGACGUUUUCGGAGCUGUCCAAGAGGGAUUGUCAUCUCUGCCGGAACCUCUUAAAAGGGAAGAAGUUCUUGAUGCACUGCAAGAAGCUCUAGCAAUUCAGGAGCCUAUAAAGAGGGACGAUGUGUUGAGCGCUGUUGUGGAAGGCCUAGCGACCCAAGAGUCAAUUAAACGCGAUGAUAUCUUGAGUGCGGUGCAAGAAGGUCUUGCAAACCAGGAGGUGCAGCCAAGAGAAAUCGAAAUUAAUCGCGAUGAUGUUUUUGAGGCAUUGCGACUCAGUCUUGAGGAUGCCUCUGGUGCUCUAACUAGCAAUCUUGGUGAACAGCUCAUCGAACACUUGCACGGCAUGAUCCUGGAAAUGAAGGAUGAGUUCAAGGAAUAUUCCGCUGCGAACGGCAGGGACACAGAGCAAGUUCUUGACGCAACCAAAGAUGGCUUUGAGGUUCUUCGUGGCCAAAUUGAAUCUUACGUUGAUCGUACGGCGGAAUCUACUGGCAAGGACGAAAUCAUUGAUACGGUCAAGGAUGGAUUCCGUUUACUUCAAUCUGACGUUGAAAAAUGUAUUAGGGAGUCUACCGAGAGAAACCCUUCCGAUACCGUGGAAUUACUAGAUGCCAUGGAGAAAGAGUUCGAACAUCUUCGCCAGACUCUCAGCAGCUUACUUAUUCGAUCAAACACCGCUUCUGAGAAGGAUGAGAUCCUCGAUGCUAUCCGAGAAAUCAGCGAAAGCGAUGCAUUGAAGAAGAGCGCUAGUAAUUCCGAGGAUAAGGAGGAAUUACUCAAUGCAAUUCGCGGGAUCGGUGAUGGCGAAUCGCUGAAGAAAAGCAACUCAGAAUUGGCCGAUACCAUAAAGCAAGAGCUUGAGCACCUACGCCAGACUAUUUCUAUGGCUAUAGUUAAGCCUGAAUCUUCCCUUGAUAAGGAUGAACUCUUGUCCGCAUUUAGGGAGCACCUCCAGGCAGCGUUUGAAGAGCACAAUGAACGCAAGGAUGGGAACGAGAGUAUUGUGUCAAACACCAAUGAACUUCUCGAUGCUUUCCAUGAUGGAGUAGAACAACUGCGAGCCGAAAUGGAUAAACUCCACGAAAGGCCAAUCGAGCCCAGCGUUGACAAGGAACUCUUGGAGAGCCUUCGAGACGAAGUCGCCGGGCUCAAGGCGGAGGAGGAGAGAUCAUGCUCGCCAGCGAUUCUUCUAUUGGGGGGAGACAUUGAUGGCCUAAAAGCCCUCGUCACCCAGCUUCAAACGAAAGUGGAAGGCAUUGAUAUCAAUCCGGUUGUUCCUGAAAGAGAAGAGGAUCCAGACAUGGUAAAGAAGAACGACUUGGUCGAGGUUCUCGAGGCCAUAAAGGAAGUACAUGGAUCAGUUAACGAAGUCGCCGCCAACAAUGCUGCCCGGGAGGCCCCAGAAAGAGAGAUUGACCCGGAUGCUCUGAGCAAAGAUGACAUCACUAAAGUCCUCGAGGCCAUCAAGGAAGUGCAUGGCUCGGUUCACGAAGUGGCCGCUAGUAACAGCGCUACCCGUGAGGCUCCAGCGGAAGGCGCGCCUUCGGCCAGCAAAGAUGAGAUUGAGGCUCUCCAGACACUCUUGCAGGGAAUGAAAACUCAGUUGGAUGAAAUCACCCCUUCCACAAGUGCGACUUGGGUCACAGCCGAGAAGGUCGAAGCGUUGGAAACAUUGGCCAAGGAGACUAAGGAGACAAUGAGUGUCUUCGCUACUCACAUUGACAUUGAGGGCCCAACUAAGGAGGAUAUUACGAACUUGGAGGGUAUUAUGAAGGAUGUCUGGGUGGCUGUCGAAGAUAUCAAGACCGCUCAGAACCCUGAAAAAGAGGAGCCGGAGGAGGAUCCCGAAAAGGUAGUGAAGGGAGAUGUAAAGAACCUUGAGACACUGCUAUUUGAACUGAAGGCCCAGAUCGAGGAACUUGUCCUACCAGAUGUCAAUACCUUACCUACCAAGGAGGAGAUCACCAACCUCGCUAACACCGUCAAUGAAUUCAAAGAGAAGAUGGACGCUGAAAACGAGCUCACGGCCCAAGCGUUCGAAGCACGAAAGGUGGAGCAUGGUGGCCUCGCGGAGAAGAUUGAGGAAGCGAAGCUUUUUAUUGUUGAUUUCCGCGAAGACUUCAAAACCAAGCUCACUGAGAGUGAUGGCACGCUGGGUGAUGUGAAAACAAUUCUCGAGUGUCUCAAUGACUCAGCAGAAUCUUUUGCGAAGGCUGAUAGCAUCAAGGAGCUUUCAGAGCUCGUCAAACGCGAAUCCGAACGGUCCCACGGAGACCAUGAGGCCUCGAAGGUUGAAGCGACAGAACGAGAUACCGCUUUGCUUGAAAAAAUUGAGGAGCAUCGGAAUGGCCUAAGAGCAGAUAUUGAGGCGGAGAUCGACAAGAAAUUCCAAGAGAUCAUUACCAAGUAUGAAGACGCACAGCUCCUUGUGGACUCCAAAUUUACGGCCGCUGAAGAGCGAGAUGCCCAAGGCCUUGAAGCGAUGACGACUACGAAAGCCGUUGCCGAAGACCUCAAGCUGGUUAUUGGAGGAAUGGGUCAGAGCUUAACGGAAGCCUGCGAAAAAAUGAAUGACGAUGCAAAAACCUUCUUUGGUAGAGUUGAUGAGUCUUUUGAGAGGUUCGAUAAACUACACGAAGAUAUACAGUCAUUCACCGGACAAGUUGAUGAAAAUUUCGGGAAGAUCGAGAACGUACGUGAGGACAUGAAAGCCUUCACCGGGCGUGUUGAUGAUUCGUUUGGCAAGGUAGAUAAUCUACAUGAGGACAUGAAAGCUUUCUCUGGCCGUGUUGACGAGUCUUUCGGCAAAGUCGACAAUUUGCAUGAGGAUAUGAAAGCCUUCUCUGGACGAGUUGACGAGUCUUUCAGCAAGGUUGACAACUUGCAUGAGGACAUAAAAGCCUUCACUGGACGGGCUGACGAGUCUUUUGGUAAGGUAGACAACUUGCAUGAAGAUGUGAAAGCAUUCUCUGGACGAGUUGAUGAGUCCUUUGGCAAGGUAGAUAACCUACAUGAGGACAUGAAAGCAUUCUCUGGCCGAGUCGACGAAUCCUUUGGAAAGAUAGACAACUUACAUGAAGAUGUCAAAACCUUCUUUGGCCGUGUUGACGACUCCUUCGGCAAGGUUGACAAGAUGCAAGAAGAUGUUAUGCUGCAAAAUGAGGAUAUGAAAGCUCAAUUCGAUAAAGCAGUUGCAGCUACCGACCGCAUUGAAAGCCAAAUUUCCCAGACACACCCUGAGCUCCUUUCCUCUAUUAAGGAGAUUCUCGCUGUUGUUGGUCAGCAUUACGAGCAUUCACAGCAGUCCAGUAAAGACUUAAAGACGGACCUCUGCGCUUUACCUAACUCCAUCACACCCCUUCUACCGGCCCUUCUCCCCCCUCCUCCAGAAGUCAAGGAACCCCAAUUUGAAAAAUACGACGACACCUUGAUGCAUGAAAAACUUGAUACCAUCAUCUCGCAUUCCUCCAACACAGACAGCUCCACUGCUCAAAUGGAAAAGUUAAACGCGCUGCAAGAACAGCUCAAUGCAACUGCCCGCGAGGUUAGUGAAAUGAUGGCAUCCCAAUCCAAAAAGACCAUUCAGGAUUACGAAGAUAAGAAGGAGGAGGCCAUGGAGGCAGCCCUUGCCCUUGAGAGACGGCUUGCUCAAAAAGAAUGCGUGGAGGCCGAAGUUUCUGCUCUAAAAGAGGAGAAGGAGAGACUCCUUCAAAAUAUCCGGGAGCUUAGGGAAGAAGAAAGCGAGCUUUCACGAAACAGGAUCAAACUAGCCAAGGAGGUUGCUGGAAUGGAGACUGCUUUGCGUAUCCGCCAGGAGGAAGUCCACUUGAUGGAAGAUCGUGCGGAAGACCUCGAGAGAAGAAUUGUAGAGGGUGUUUUGGACCAUGCUCGAAGUCAGCUCGUUAGCCGUCAUUCAGGCUCUGACCGCAUGAGUCUAAAACGUGUACCAAGCACGGCCAGCACCACCAAGGGCGGCAGUAUUCUUGGGAGCAGUGUUGGAAUGGCUCUGAAUCGACGGACCAACAAACGAAAGAAUGGGUCAACAGUGCAAAAUGGAAAGCAUGAGCGCCGUAUUCUCAGUCUCAGCAAUGUUUCUGGCAACCGCGGAAAUUCGGACCGGGUGUCUGUACCAUAUGGUGGCUCCAACAAUGGUCUAGCCAGCCUGAAGCGUAGUCAUUCAGUCAAGACGAACCAAGGCUACCGACGACAGUCAUGCGAUACCCGGCUUUUUAGUUCUAACAAGGAGAACGAAUCCUUCCGCGAAGAAGAGGAGAGCAUGAGCGAGGGUGAAAGUGAUGCAGGAACUGAGAGAAGAACAAGCUACACAGGUACAUAUGCCGAUAGCGUUUCUUAUAUCACAGGAAGCACCGUAUCUCAAAAUCGUAGUGCAAGUUACUGCUCUACUAACGUUGAUGGUUCAGUUGCAGCAGGGAGCGAGUCGUGGCAGGAGCCAAGCGAAUUGAGCCAUGGCACCAAUGACGAUCAGUCUGAGGUAGCUGACAGGGCAGACACAGAGGAGCAUAGCUCCAGCGAACUCGAAUCCGAAGGAAGUGAAGAUGAAGAAGAAGAUGACGAGCCCACCUUACAUGCCGUAGAGGCAAAGGAAGGUGAUAUGGUACUCUACCAUCAGCCCAGCGACAGCGGUGUCGGUAUGACAACCGACUAA